UGGACAUGGGGACGUGUUCGUUCUCGACCAUUUUGUGCCUGCAUGGUCGGACACUCAAUGAAUAGCACUUUGUAUUCUUGACUUUAACUUCUUCAGGUUUCAGAAUUGCAUGACAAUAAUCAUGCGGCGGCUGACACGCUCUUCCACCUGAUUCGAUACGGACCUCGUGGUUCCUUAAACUUAUUUUUGGAGGACAAACAAACAUCUGUGUUCCUUUUGGAUUCGCAGAACAACUUUAGAGUUGAUGGUGGGUUUUUACGUUCAGCUUUUUUUUAAGCCGCGGUUAUGGACGGUGCAAAGAAAGAUCCACCCGCUGGAGGCGAUGGAGGAAAAACAGACACCCUGGGGUCGACUGGCUCAGCCAGGAAAAGAGGAGGGGGCGCCAAGAAGGCCAUGCAGGCAAACAAGUCUGCUCUCAGGGCCCCCCGAGCUCUGUGCUGUCUCACCCUCAGCAACCCCAUCCGCAUGGCAGCGCUGGCCCUGGUGGAGUGGAAGCCAUUCGAUAUCUUUAUUCUGCUUGCCAUUUUUGCCAACUGUGUGGCCAUGGGGGUCACCAAGCCCUACCCAGACGAUGACUCAAAUGCUACCAAUCACCAGCUGGAACAAGUGGAGUACGUCUUCCUAGUCAUCUUCACCAUAGAGACCUUCACAAAAAUCCUUGCCUACGGUUUAGUCAUGCACCCGAGUGCAUACAUACGCAGCGGAUGGAACUUGCUGGAUUUUAUUAUCGUCAUAGUCGGGUUGUUCAGUGUGAUAGCGGAGGGCAUGACGGAUCACAAGCCCGGGGAGGCCCAUCAUGCUGCAGGGAAACCUGGAGGUCUGGAUGUGAAAGCCCUGAGAGCGUUCAGGGUGUUGAGGCCCCUUCGACUUGUCUCAGGAGUGCCAAGUCUACAGAUUGUGUUGAACUCCAUCAUGAAGGCCAUGGUCCCCCUUCUCCACAUCGGAAUGCUUGUCAUGUUUGUCAUCAUCAUCUACGCCAUCAUCGGCCUGGAGCUCUUCAUCGGCAGGAUGCACAAGACCUGUUACUUCCAAACCACAGGCCUCAUGGUGGAAGACGACCCGUCCCCUUGUGCGUUCGCUGGUAGCGGUCGCUUUUGUGUGACUAACGGAACUGAGUGCAGGGGCAAGUGGGAAGGGCCCAAUGGUGGCAUCACGAACUUCGACAACAUCUUCUUCGCCAUGCUCACAGUCUUCCAGUGCAUCACCAUGGAAGGCUGGACAGACGUGCUCUACUGGAUGAACGAUGCAAUAGGAUUUGAGAUUCCCUGGGUCUAUUUUGUCUCUCUGGUCAUCUUCGGAUCCUUUUUCAUCAUCAACCUUGUGUUGGGUGUGUUGAGCGGUGAGUUUUCCAAGGAGAGAGAGAAGGCCGUAGCGCGAGGUGAGCUGCAGAAGGCUCAAGAGAGCAAGCAGAUGGAGGAGGACAUGAUCGGCUACAUGGACUGGCUCAUCGAGGCUGAGGACGUGGACGAGGAAGGGAACAAAAGAGCGGCGAUUGCAAAGAAGAAGAUGAUGAAGAAGUUUGGAUGGUACAAACACAGCGAGGAUGGAGGAGAAUCAGACUCCGAUGACGAUAUCGCUUACCUGGAUGACGACAACGGCUGCUGUGCCUCACUCAUGGCAAAGAUGAUGGCCAACAGCUUCUGUGACCAGCUGUGCCAGCUGAACCACACCUUCAGGAAGAAUUGCCGCGUUGCCGUCAAGACCACUAACUUCUACUGGCUGGUCCUCCUGCUGGUGUUCCUCAACACUGUGGCGAGUGCCUCCGAACAUUAUGGGCAACCAAAGUGGCUGACAGAGAUGCAGGAGAGAGCCAACAAGAUCCUGCUGCUGCUCUUCACUCUGGAGAUGCUGAUGAAGAUGUACGCCUUUGGACUUCAGAUUUACUUCAUGGCGCUCUUCAAUCGCUUUGACUGUUUCGUGGUGUGCGGCGGGAUCCUGGAGACGCUGUUGGUAGAGAUGGAGCUCAUCCCACCCAUUGGCAUCUCAGUGCUCCGCUGCAUCCGCCUGCUCAGGAUCUUCAAGAUGACUCGGCACUGGGCAGCUUUGUCCGACCUGGUUAACUCCCUCCUCAACUCCAUGAAAGCUAUCUGCUCCCUUCUGCUGCUGCUCUUCCUCUUCCUCAUCAUCUUCGCCUUGCUCGGCAUGCAGCUGUUCGGGGGCAAAUUUAACUUUGAUGAGACUCAGAUGAAGAGAAGUACUUUUGACUCCUUCCCUCAGGCUCUGCUCACAUGCUUCCAGAUCCUGACUGGAGAGGACUGGAACGCUGUGAUGUAUGACGGCAUCAUGGCUUAUGGAGGACCAGUAUUUCCAAACAUGGUGGUGUGCAUUUACUUCGUCAUCCUCUUCGUCUGUGGCAACUACAUCCUGCUGAACGUCUUCUUGGCUAUCGCCGUCGACAACUUGGCAGGAGGCGGAGGAAGCAAAAAAGUCGAGGAGAAAAAGGAGGAUGAAGAGGAAUGGGAUGAGGAUGACGAUAAAGAGGAUGAAGAUGCUGGGAACGACGAGGACGACUGGCAGGAAAACGAGGAGCUGCGCGCCAUUGAGGGUCUGGAGGGAGUUGCUCCAAUGAAGCCAGAGUUUUCCGGGCCCAAAGAAAAAAUCGUGCCGAUCCCUGAUGGAAGCUCUUUUUUCAUUCUUGGAAAGAAAAACUGCCUGCGAGUGGCGUGCCACAACCUCAUUCAUCACCCCUACUUCACCAACUUCAUCCUCAUCUUCAUCAUCCUCAGCAGUAUUUCACUGGCUGCUGAAGAUCCCAUCAAAUCCCACUCCUUCCGAAAUAUAGUGCUGGGUUACGCCGACUAUGUCUUCACUUCAGUUUUCACAGUGGAGAUUGUUUUAAAGAUGACAGUCUAUGGAGCUUUUCUACACACCGGCUCCUUCUGCAGAAACGCCUUCAACCUUCUUGACCUGUUGGUCGUCAGCGUCUCUCUCACCUCCUUCUUUCUUCACUCAAGCGCGAUCUCAGUGGUGAAGAUCCUCAGAGUGCUCCGAGUGCUGAGACCCCUGCGAGCCAUCAACAGGGCCAAGGGUCUGAAGAAUGUAGUGCAGUGUGUGUUUGUGGCCAUUCGCACCAUCGGCAACAUCCUCAUCGUCACCACGCUCCUACAGUUCAUGUUUGCUUGCAUUGGAGUGCAGCUCUUCAAGGGUCGAUUCUACAGCUGCACAGAUGAAGCCAAACACACUCCGGACGAGUGCAAGGGGACUUUUGUGGUCUACAAAGAUGGCGAUAUCAACCACCCCAUGUUGAAGGAGAGGAUUUGGGAAAACAGUGAUUUCAACUUUGACAAUGUGCUCAUGGGCAUGUUGGCGUUGUUCACAGUGUCGACGUUUGAGGGCUGGCCACAGCUUCUCUACCGGGCUGUGGACGCCAACGCCAUCAACCGAGGGCCCAUCUACAACUACCGCGUGGAAAUCUCCAUCUUUUUCAUCAUCUACAUCAUCAUCAUCGCUUUCUUCAUGAUGAACAUUUUCGUGGGUUUCGUCAUCAUCACGUUCAGAGAGCAGGGAGAGGCUGAAUUCAAGAACUGUGAACUCAACAAAAACCAACGCCAGUGUGUGUACUACGCGCUCAAAGCUCAGCCCAUAAAGAUUUACAUUCCCAAAAACCCAUCCCAGCUCAAGUUCUGGAAAAUCAUCAACUCCAGUCAGUUUGAGUACAUCAUGUUCGUGCUGAUUCUGGGCAACACGCUCACCCUGGCUGUCCAGCAUUACGAGCAGUCAAAACUCUUCACCUCCAUCAUGGACAUCCUCAACAUGAUCUUCACCGUAGUUUUCACAAUCGAGAUGAUCGUCAAACUCCUAGCUCUUCGUGCCCAUCACUACUUCAUUGAUCCAUGGAAUUCGUUCGACGCGUUGAUCGUGGUUGGCAGUGUGUUGGACAUUGCCGUUUCAGAGUUCAGUGGAGGGGGCGGCCAUGGAGAGGGUAAAGGGGAGAGUGGCAAAGUGUCCAUCACCUUCUUCCGUUUAUUCCGAGUGUUGAGGCUGGUAAAGCUGCUGAGUAAAGGGGAAGGUAUUCGAACUCUCCUCUGGACAUUUGUCAAGUCUCUGCAGGCGUUGCCUUAUGUCGGCCUGCUCAUCGCUAUGAUCUUCUUCAUCUACGCUGUGAUUGGGAUGCAGACGUUUGGGAAAAUCGCCAUAGACGACAACACCAAUAUCAACCGAAACUGCAACUUCCAGACCUUCUUCAUGGCAGUUCUGGUGCUGUUCAGAUGUGCCACUGGAGAGCAGUGGCAGGAGAUCAUGCUGGCAGCUCUGCCAGGCAGACGCUGCGACCCUGAGUCUGACACCGAGCCUGGCGAGGAGUACUCUUGCGGCAGCAACCUGUCCUACAUCUAUUUCAUCAGCUUCUUCAUGCUGUGUGCUUAUCUGAUCAUCAACUUGUUCAUCGCUGUCAUCAUGGAUAACUUUGAGUACCUGACGCGUGACUGGACGGUGCUCGGGACGCACCACCUGGAUGAGUUUAAAAGAGUUUGGUCCGACUAUGACCCAGAAGCCACUGGGCGUAUAAAGCACAUUGACGUUGUCACCAUGCUGCGCAGGAUCCAGCCACCGCUGGGUUUUGGGAAACUGUGUCCUCAUCGUGUUGCUUGCAAAAGGCUGGUGUCGAUGAAUGUGCCCCUCUAUCCCGACGGGACCGUCUCCUUCAACGCCACUCUGUUUGCUCUGGUGCGCACUUCCCUCAAGAUCAAGACUGAAGGCGCCAUCGAUCAGCAGAACGAGGAGCUGAAGCUGAUCAUUAAGAAACUUUGGAAGCGGACCAAACCCAAGCUGAUAGAUGAAGUCAUUCCUCCUCCUAGAGGUGAUGAGGUGACCUGUGGAAAAGUUUACGCAAGCUUCUUGAUUCAGGACUAUUUUAAGAAGUUCCGAAAAAGAAAAGAGAGGGAGAGGAAAUCCAAAAGGAAGGACAGGGCGGCUGCUCUCCAGCAAGGGCUGAGGACUCUGCAGGAUCUGGCUCCAGAGAUGCGACUGGCGAUGGCCUGUGACAUGGAAGAAGAAGACGACAUAUUCGACAGUGAGGCCGGUACUUCGGUCAACACCACGCCGGCAGCCACGCCCAUGCCGCCAAUAGAGGUCCUCGUGGAGCAGACCGCUGUGAUUGUGGAGCCUCCACCGGUGAGUGUGGUCACAGAGCAGGUGACCCGGAUGCAGGAACACCAGCGACCGGGCUCAGAUCUAGCAGGACGGAGUGUUGUCACAGAGCAGCCCGUCAGGUCCACUCCACUUCCUGUUAGUGAACCGGCUCCUCCCCCGCCCCCGCCCCCUCCACCUCCUGAACCUUCUCAAACUGAGGUCAUGGAUGUUAGACCUGAAGAAUCGCAUGUGCCGACGUCAUCUGUGGCAGUGGAGCAUCUGUACAGCAAUGAGGGAGACGCUGCCAGUUUAGCGUCAGUGGACAGGUUUGUGUAUCCAGAGGCCAUCUCACCGACGCCGACAGAAUCCGUCUGUAUCGGCGAGGGAACCUACGACAGCACCAACACCAGUGGCUAUGUCAAUGGUUACAACGGAGAGUGCACGGCUCCCAGUCCCUGCCCGACAUACGGGUACAACGGGAGCAGUUACUCCACCUACAAUGGAAAUGGAAGCGCGCUCACUGCAAACGGCAACGGGAGCAUCGUAGGAGGAGGACUUGAAAACGGCAGCAGUGUUGGCGGCUACAGCGGGAACGGCUACAAUGGAAGUGAGAACGGUGGGCAGCAGCAGUUUGUCAGAAGACGGCUUCUUCCUACGAUUCCAAAAGGACGCAGGCCUUCUUUUAACUUCCAGUGUUUGAGGCCACAGAGCAGUGUGGAUGACCUGCCCAUCCCUGGAAACUACAGAGGCAGCACGUCCCCUUUAAGAUCCCGUUUACAGACCCAGCACAGUCUGGACUCCAGACGCAGCAGCGUGUCUUCCUUGUCCUCCUCAUCCUGGGCGAACACAACUGCUGCAGGACACACUCCAGUUCCCGGGAUUAUUGCUCCGUCAGGCCGCCGGGGCAAGCUGAUCUACACCCCAAUGAUGCUGCUGGAUGAAGGCACCGGAAAAACCCAACCGGUGUGGAGCGACGGCACUGCCAGUCUGCCUGCAAGAAGUCGCCCAGGCUGGUAUCCGGGUCAAACUAGGACCUUCACCAGUACCAGGAUGCCACCAGUCCACCAGGGAUUUAUUGACAAGGGCAGUGCGGACAGUUUAGUGGAGUCGAUCCUGAUCUCUGAGGGUCUUGGUGCCUACGCCAGAGACCCAAAGUUUGUGACCUUUGCCAAGCGGGAGAUCGCCGAAGCUUGCCACAUGAGUCUGGACGAGAUGGAGUGCGCUGCUGCAGAUCUGAUCGCUCGAGGAGCCAGUCGAUCCGUGCCUCGCUUUGAGGACGAAUUAGCCGACGAAAUGAACUGCGUCAUCUCAUACUGACAAACUUGACCUUUGUACUGAUGUGAUCAUGAAAUGCUUUGAUUGCAAAAUGCCAAAACGUUGGUUGGUUAAAACGUAGUCCAGGAAAGUAGCACCACAUGUUUAUGACAGCAAGGUUUUGCUAUCUACGUCACUGACUCUUUAUACUCUGCGAUGGUGACCGUCGUACACAAUAGUUUUUUGAGGCUCAUGUUUUACUUUAUACCGAAUUUCCUCAAAAACAAUGAGUAUAAUCCUGUCAGCUUUAAUAAAGAACCACAUUGUUUCA